AUGGGCAUCCAUGCUGUUAGCGUCAUGCUAGAGGCUCUCAAUAGAGAUGCCCAACAUGCUACUAUCGCCAAGUUCAUUCAAAAUGAACUUGACGCAGAACGCGAGAAAGUAGCCUUGCUUCACCAACAAGGUUCUCAACAAGCAGAGUUGUUGAGAGAACAAGGUGCUCAACAGUUUGAACUGUUGAGACAGCAGCAAGCUGCUGCUGGCGGGUCGAUGCACUCGCGUCGACCCGAGACUUUGAAGAUUGACAUCUCAAAGGCGCGUCGCAUCGACGACGGGGAUAUGCAAGUUGCAUUUGCCCAGUCAAAUCUGGCAGGACGUGCCAAGACUUGGGCACUGGGGCUCAAGCUGCACGACCCAUAUGCGUUUGGGUCGUUGGAAGUCUUCAAGUCGCGGCUCAGACAAACGUUUGAACCGCCUAGAGCUGAGUUCAGAGCUCGAACCGAACUCUUGAAGCUCAAGCAGGGUAAGCGUGAUGUGCACGCUUACGCUCAACAUAUACGACAUCUCACGAGUUGUAUAAGUUCCAAUCCGGUGGAUGAACACACGUUGGUUUCGGUGUUCAUGCAGGGUCUUGCGGAUGGUCCCGUCAAGACUCACCUGUUCCGGCUUGAACUAGAUUCACUAGAACAAGCCAUUUCCAUUGCGGAGCAGGAAGACUUCAGUCUGAGACAGGCUCGCGCCAGCUCGACAUCAUAUCGUCAACCGAGACGAUAUGACAGCAGAGGUCAGAGCCGAUGGAACUCUGUUAUGUAG